AUGGUCAUUUAUACUGACCUCAUGCUGAACUCAAUCCAAAACUUCAACGUUAAAACGAGAACAUUAAAGACGUCCAUCGCACUCAAUUUAAUGUGGAAAGACGAAUUCAUUCAAUGGGACGCAUUGGACAAAGAUAUGACUGUGUUUCAACUACCAAAAAGUGAGGUCUGGACUCCGACUAUGAUUCUUCAUAAUCCGGCGGAGGGAUUUGAACUAACAACGGAAUCGAGUUCGGUCGAGAAGACGCAACAUUUCUUUAAUGGCACGGUGAACUACGUUAUUACGGGGAGCAUUCUAACAGUAUGCAAACCUAAUAUAUUUCAUUACCCAAUGGACGAGCAUUCAUGUGAUAUACAGAUCAUUAAUUCACACUAUCAGGAAAACAUUGUUUUGAAGUCGUUGCGGGACAGCAUUAAGCUCGAUCACUACAUGGAACAUCCGGAGUGGAGAAUCACGGGAACGAAUGUAACCACCAAGUUUGUGCACGGGAAAAUCACUGAAAUUUCUUUCAUCAUUCACUUUUCUCGGAAACCAGAAUUUCUUCUGAUAAACGUUCUUCUUCCGAUUAUAUUCUUGAGUGUGUUGAACGUCUUGGUUUUUGUUCUACCAUAUCAGUCUGGGGAGAGAAUUUCCUACGCCAUUACACUUCUGUUGACUUUUGUAGUGUUUAUGAAUGCCAUGGCGGAUGAACUUCCUCCAAUAGGUGAUCCGGUUUGUCUUUUGAAUAUAUACAUAACAAUACAAAUGACAAUGAGCUCAUUCAUAGUUUUCUGUACCAUUGUAAGCUUAAGUCUUUAUGAUAAUGACGAUAAGGCAAAACCAGUUCCACUGCAUUGGAAGGUAUUUGCAUAUUAUGCCGGAAAGAUGCUGCGUUUAAAGUUCAAAACUGUUAAGGAAAUCGAGAUUUCGGACGUUCCCAAAAUUAAUGAAGUGUUUCCAUUCGAACACGAUGGUGACGUCACUGAGGACUCUCCCGCACCUCCCUACGAACACCUAGGAUGGAAAGACGUUGGUCGUGCCGUUGACAAGUCUUUGUUUGUGAUUAGUCUCCUCGUCCUGGUUAGUGACACUGCUGUGUACUUUUUGUUUAUUUGGCGAUAA